AUGCUUCCAUUCAAGCCAUCAUUUCAACCGCGGCAGUCGGUGGGCAGGCUGCAGAGCCUCCGACCUCCUCAGUCCGGAGCCAUUCCACUCAAACGCCCUCAAGGAGCCAUACCACCAAAGGCCCCUGGCAGCAGCGGCAUUAGCAAUGGCAGAAAGCCGGAGGACAAGAAAACUGCUCAGUCUUGUCCGAAUCCCAGUUGUCCAGCGCCUGAUAUCAUUCAUGACGAUGACAUGAACAUGAAAGUCUGUAGGACUUGUGGCUCCGUCGUCAGCGAAGAUACGCUAGUCUCAGAAGUUUCCUUUGGAGAAACCUCUGCCGGUGCGGCUAUUGUCCAGGGCUCGUAUGUCGGUGCCGAUCAGACUCAUACGCGCAGCUCUGGGCCGGGCUUCCAUCGUGGAGGGGGCAUGGAGAGUCGUGAGAUUACCGAGCAGAACGGUAAUCGCUACAUCCAGCAAAUGGCCCUGGCGUUGGAUAUCCCCGAGAGUGCACAGAAGGCUGCUGGUCAAGUCUUCAAAUUGGCUGUCGGCUUGAACUUCAUACAGGGUAGGCGCACCAAGACGGUGGCUGCCGUAUGUCUGUAUAUUGCCUGUCGACGCCAGGCCGGGAAUACGGUCAUGCUUAUUGAUUUGUCGGAUGUGUUGAUGAUCAACGUGUUCAAAGUCGGUCGUGCGUAUAAGUUGUUGCUGGAAGAACUGCGUCUCGGCGGCACAGUCUUCACCAUGAACCCGGUCGACCCCGAGAAUUUGAUUCUGAGGUUUGCCAGGCAGCUCGAGUUUGGGAACAGGACUAUGCACGUUGCCAAGGAAGCUGCGAGAAUUGUGCAGCGCAUGAAUCGCGACUGGAUGACUACCGGUCGUCGUCCCGCGGGUAUCUGCGGAGCUGCUCUCAUUCUGGCAGCACGAAUGAAUAAUUUCCGACGCACCGUGCGUGAGGUCGUUUAUGUUGUGAAAGUCACCGAGGUGACGAUCAAUCAACGACUGAACGAAUUCGGUUCUACUGAUAGCGGUGGUCUUACUGUAGAUCAGUUCCGCUCGGUGCAUCUCGAGAGUGCACAUGAUCCCCCAUCCUUUAAUCAGUCAAAGACGAAAGAGGGUCGAAGGAAAAAGGCAAUAGUAGUAGCACCAAAACAAAAACCAGCGCCAGAGACUGCAGCAGAGAUUGAGGGAAAUAAGUCUGUGCAGCAGGAGACUGCGGCCGCUACUACAGCUGCAAGUCAAAAACGUAUUGAUGCAGAUGGGUUUGCUAUUCCUGAUAUUCCUAUCGAUCCUGCAUUGACUCAAAUGUCGUAUAACAAUACCGCCGAUGGCGCGGUAUCCAGCAUUGAGGCGCAACGUCUGGCCCAGUCAGCCAUCGAUGAUGCAGAGGCAGAGGCAGAGGCAUCAAAGUCCAAACGUGGGAGGAAGAAACAGUCAUUGCCCGAACCGACUCCCGAAGAACUUGCUUCCGAACAAGCACUAGAGAAUGAAAUGAAUCAGUUCCUAACCCAGGGCUCCGACAUGGUGGAAGCCGCAACUACCAGCCGAACUGAUACAAACAAAACUACAGCAGAAAAGCCGGCAGCACCGACUCGGCCGCCAGUGUCCGACAGUGCGGAAAUCGAAGCGUCUGAAUUCGAAUCUGAUCCAGAAGUAGCAAACUGUCUUCUCUCGCCGGCCGAGGUCGAGAUCAAAGAGCGCAUCUGGGUGCACGAAAACAAAGAUUAUCUCCGUGACCAGCAAGCCAAAGCACUGAAACGAGCAUUCUUGCAGAGCGAGGAUACGGAUGGCAACCAUGGUCAAAGAAAGCCGCGCAAGCGCCGGAAAGGCCGGCUGGGUGAUGUCACCUAUCUCCAGGGCGAGGAUGGGAAAAGUAGUCGUGCGUCUACGCCUGCAGAGGCUACCAGGAUGAUGCUUGAGCAGAGAGGGUAUAGUAAGAAGAUUAAUUAUAAGAUGUUAUUCGAUUUAUACGGUGAUGAGGGUGCGGCGGAGGCCGAGAAGGCCGAGGCAGAGAAGAAAGGUCGGAGCCAGAGCGUUACGUCUCAGGGACCUUCUUCUUCAAUCUCUUCUUCUACUAUGAAGCCCAUCGAUACGAUGACUGCAGCCACAUUGACGACACAUACCGGCACUGGCACCACCGGCGGGUUCAAUGAAGCUGACUAUGAUGAUGAUGAAGAUGAUGAAGAGGCAGCUGAGGACGAUGGCGACAAAGAUCACGACGAUGACAAUGAUCUGGAGAACGCCUUUGCCGGAAAUUAUGACGAGGAGGACUACUAUGAUUAUGACGAUUAA